CGACGACAGCCAGCCCGCCUACGCAUCACCUUUCCUUUCAGCCUGCCGUCCGACUGUCGUGUCUGUUCCAUGUGAACCAUGCAGAGCACUUUCCGCGUCCCAUAGCGACCCGACUUGCGGUAUACCCGGUCCUGCAACCUCCACCCGGAGCGCCUCCCGAUCACUCCCCACAUGCCGAACUCAUCCAUCAUCGCCAUAUCUGCCCCUGCAACGUCGAGCACUCGUCAGCCGGCAUUACUGCAUACUUAGCCCCAAUAGCGGUCAACCCCGUGUGGUUGUGGGCGUGGUUUAGGCGACCAUGGCGACAGCCAUCUCAACCAAAUCCGCUACGCCUGCCGGUAAACUCAAACGUCCCACGCCCAGCUUCGUCCAAACCGGGGCCAACGGCAUCAAACCUCCGCAGCCCCCUCCAUCCCCUAUAGCUUCAGCAAGCAGGCCCGGCACCACAAACCAAGCUGCCUCGUCACCGUCGAUGAACUCCGUGACCAUAAAUGGCGUGUCCAACCGGCAAUUGGCGAGGGCGAGAAAGGAGCCGCUGAAGAUCUCCGACCCGUCCUCAAGAUUGCGCAUUACAACAAGAGCCCGGAGCAAUGAUGCCGUGAACGGUGAUAAGCGACCGGCAAAGCGACUGCCUGAGCCCUACGUGAAAACUACGUCAUACAUUCUGAAGAAAUACGCGAAACAACCGCCGUCCUUCACCAUACAUCUGCAUCCUACCCAUUUUCGUUUUGAACAGCAAGAUGGGAGCUUCCCGUAUAAUUCUGAGAUGAAAGUUAUCAUCGCACAUAUUAAGGCUGGAACCAUUCCCCACGAUAUGAUGGAGGAAUUGCUCAGGGGCGGGGUGAGAUUUUACGAAGGCUGCCUGAUUGUCCGGGUUAUCGACCAUAAAUCACUGUCCGCCCAACCGAAUUCUUCGAAAUCAUCCUCAAAAGAGAAGAGUUCACUAUUUUCCAUACAUAACUAUAACGAACACAUAACUCCAUCUUCCUAUGUGCCUUAUCCGAAGCAGAGCCAGCCACAGCCAAAAAUCAGCAGUGCUCCACAGUCCGACCAACAGGCCCGAGGUCAGACCACACCGGCUCCGAACAUCGCAGUGUCAGGGCCAAACAAAGGCAAAGAGGUCCAGGCUGAACCCUCUAAUGACGCGAACGCAGACUCUCCCGAGCCAAGGGUCUUCACCACCGUUCUUCAUCCUACUCCUCAAUCACUACAAGCCGAAUUGACCAUCCUGUCAAUGACCCCGGAUCCAAGAGCGUUACCACGUCGACAAUCGCAAGCUUACCAAGCGUCGCGGACUCCAGCGUCCGCGACUCUCCCUUCACCAUCUACCCCUUUGACAGCGGCUCAAUCCCAAUCGACUGAUCGUGGGCCUCCUGCAAAGCGCCAGAAAAUGAUGGUGGAACCGCACGAGAUGUUGGAUUUUGAGGCUAAAAUGAUUAAAGCUACGGCGCCUCCACUGUAUCUGGAUCCGGUCGACAGCUUCCACGCGAGCCAAAAGCUUCUUAAGUCUUUGGAAUCACCUCUUCACCGCAAUAGGCCACCUUCGCCUAAGACCAGAAGACGAACAAUUGCCGAACUGGCGGCUGAUGAGGCACUCGCGGCAGAAGAGGAGCGAUAUAUGCUUAUUAUGGAUGAGCGACUUGAGCCUAUUACUGCAGCAGCUGCUAGUGGAAAUAAAUCUGCAGUUGAUGAGGAAUGCGGCGCGGCGCCGUUUGAGCCCCGGUUUUCAAGGUUUAAGACACUGGAAAAUAUUCGGGCUCAAUAUGAGGAAAAGGCGAAGCGUGAUCACGAGCGGAAACUCCAGCAGGAUCGCAUGAAGCGAGAGCAACAAGAAGCCGAAAGGGAGAGACGCCGGCCUGAGAUUCGCCAGCUUGAGGAGCAAGCUAGAGAAGAACGACGGAAGCAACUUGCCGCCCAACACGCUCAACCGCCAAACCAAGCCCAGCUUAUGGCUGCCCAGCAAAGUCGGCGGCCUCCAUCCCGAGGAACCGUGACCGCUGUCCCUGGCACACAGCCUCCACCACCACCACAUGUCGUCUCGGCGUCGCAAGGUCCCCAGUCAUCUCCGGUUGUACGGAAUAUCACGCCUCAUGCAUCUUCACCUCUAGCAGGACACGUAAUGGUGCCUAAUAUGAAUCAAGGUAUUACUAUGGGAAUGAGUAGCUCAGCCGAGGCCGCAGGAAGCCCUCUUGCUGCCGCAGUUUCUAUGCAGCCUGGUCACCCGAACGUUAUGAGCCAUGCGAUGGUCGCUAGCCGAAGCCAACAGGGCCAUAGUGCGCAUGGAACGCCCCAGAUGCCCCACGGAACUCCAGCAAUGUCUCAUGCCACUCCGAUUAUGCGGAAUAUUACUCCAACUCAACGUAUGAGUCAUGGCAGUCCGAAUACAACCACUAUGGCGCAAACUCCUGUAAUGGGCCAGGCUAUGAUGGCUCCGCAGAUGAACGGAAUGAUGAUGACCCCUCAACAGCAACAUGCUAUGAUGCAACAAAGGCAGGCAAUUUUGGCACAACAGCAGAAUCUUGCUGCCGGACAUCAAUUUAAUCCACAGCAAGUGGUGCAAAUGCACGCAAACGCAGUAGCUCAACAGAAUAUCCAGCAAGCGCAGCGGCAACAACACCAGCAAAUGUUACAGCAGCAGCAGCACCAUCCACAACAGCAACCACCUUCGCAAGGCCCACAACAGCAACAGCCGAUGCACCCCCAGGCGUAUCAGGCACAGCUACUUCGCUCACAAUUGGCACAGAUGCAAGCUGCGCAGCAGGGUCAUCAGCAGCAACAUCACGGAAGCAUGCCUCAGCUAUCAGCUCAGCAGCAACAAAUGAUGGCGGCAGCGCAGCAAGCUGGUCAACAGCCCAAUGGUAUCAACAAUCCUAGGAAGCAUCCACUGGCGCAGCACUACGGGAACCUGUACCAAAGUCAUCUUCAACGACUGCGAAAUGAAAUGGCUGCCAAAUACAUGUCGCAAUACGGUCAUCCUUCUCAAUAUCCACCAAAUCUUCGUGCCCAGUUCUUUGAGGGCCUCGAAAAGAUUUCUCGACAGUACGUUAGCGAGGUUAUGAAAAAAGACCGUGAAAAUGGCCAUCAGCGUGCUAUCCUUGCUGCACAAGUUGCUCAGAAUCAAGCUCAAGCUCAGGCCCAAGCCCAAGCCCAAGCGCUACAGCAGCAGCAGCAGCAACAUAGCAUGAUGGGCAAUGGCCCGGGGUGA